AUGUUUGACGGCCUCAUCCCCUUCUCCAUCACUACGCAAACCGACCCCCUCGUCACCAUCAAAGGUCUUCAAACCUCACCAGAAUCACCACUUCCCCCACUCCUGCUCCUCCACGGCUUCCCGCAAACCCGUCACAUAUGGCAUCGCAUCGUCCCACACCUCACCACCACGUACAACCUCAUCAUCCCUGACCUCCGCGGCUAUGGCGAAUCAUCCAAACCGCCCUCGGUAGCGGCCUACGCCAAAUCCGCCAUGGCAAAGGACAUGAUAUGCCUCAUGAACCACCUCGGCCACAAGACCUUCUUCGUCUGCGCACACGACCGCGGCGCCCGGGUCGCCCACAAGCUCCUCGUCGACUAUCCCAACCUCGUACGCAAAGCCAUACUCCUCGACAUUUGCCCCACGCUAUCCAUGUACCAAGCUACCAGUCAAGAAUUUGCGACUGCGUAUUUCCACUGGUUCUUCUUGAUCCAGCCUGCGCCGCUACCAGAGACGCUGAUAUCCGCCACGCCGCGCAAGUUUGCAGAGCUGUGCAUGGGCGGCAAGGAUGGGAAGGGAUUACAUAUUUUCGACAAGGCGUGCUACGAGGAGUAUGUGAAGCUGUUUGAGGAUGAGGAUACGGUGCAUGCCAUGUGCAACGACUACAGGGCUGCCGCAACAGUGGACCUAGAUGAGCAGAGGGCGGAUCUAGAGAAGGGACGGUUGAUCAAUGCUCCUGUGAGGAUCAUUUGGGGGAAGAAGGGCGUCAUAGAGAAGUGUUUUGAUGCGAUGGCAGAGUGGAGGAAGGUUGUGGGCGAGGGAGUUGUGCUGGAUGGGUAUAGUGUUGAUAGCGGGCAUUAUAUCCCAGAGGAGGCGCCUGACGAUGUGGUCAAGGCGGUUUGUGAGUUUUUCGUGUAG